AGGCCUUUUGGUUGGACGCGUCUGUGACCUCCCAGAAGGGCAUCCCUGGGCUCAACUGACCUGCCCCCCUGCUCCUUCAGGGAUGGAGGCGACGGCAGCCAGCACUUCCUUGCCUGACCCUGGCGAUUUUGACCGGAACGUGCCCCGAAUCUGUGGGGUGUGCGGAGACCGAGCCACAGGCUUUCACUUCAACGCUAUGACCUGUGAAGGCUGCAAAGGCUUCUUCAGGCGAAGCAUGAAGCGGAAGGCGCUGUUCACUUGUCCCUUUAACGGGGACUGUCGUAUCACCAAGGACAACCGCCGCCACUGCCAGGCCUGCCGGCUCAAGCGCUGUGUGGACAUCGGCAUGAUGAAGGAGUUCAUCUUGACGGAUGAGGAGGUGCAGCGGAAGCGGGAGAUGAUCCUGAAGCGGAAGGAGGAGGAAGCCUUGAGGGACAGUCUGCGGCCCAAGCUGUCGGAGGAGCAGCAGCGCAUCAUCGCCAUCCUGCUGGAUGCCCACCACAAGACCUACGACCCCACCUAUGCCGACUUCACCCAGUUCCGGCCUCCAGUUCGUGGAGAUGGGGGUGGAGGGAGCCAUUCGUCCAGGCCCUCCUCGGCUCACACGCCCAGCGUCUCCGGGGACUCCUCUUCCUCCUGCUCGGAUCACUACCCAGCCCCUCUAGACAUGAUGGAGCCAACCAGCUUCUCCAAUCUGGAUCUGAGGGAAGAAGACUCAGAUGAUUCUUCUCUGACCCUGGACCUGUCCCAGCUCUCCAUGCUGCCCCACCUAGCUGACCUGGUCAGUUACAGCAUCCAAAAGGUCAUCGGCUUUGCCAAGAUGAUUCCAGGGUUCAGAGACCUCACUUCUGAGGACCAGAUUGUGCUGCUGAAAUCAAGUGCCAUCGAGGUCAUCAUGUUGCGCUCCAACCAGUCCUUCAUCAUGGACGACAUGUCCUGGACCUGUGGCAGCCAGGACUACAAGUACCGAGUCAGUGAUGUGGCCAAAGCCGGACACAGCCUGGAGCUGAUUGAGCCCCUCAUCAAGUUCCAGGUGGGACUGAAGAAGCUGAACUUGCAUGAGGAGGAGCAUGUCCUGCUCAUGGCCAUCUGCAUUCUCUCCCCAGACCGUCCCGGGGUGCAGGAUGCUGCGCUGGUUGAGGCCAUCCAAGACCGCCUGUCCAACACACUGCAGACCUACAUCCGCUGCCGCCACCCGCCCCCAGGCAGCCACCUGCUGUACGCCAAGAUGAUCCAGAAGCUGGCCGACCUGCGUAGCCUCAAUGAGGAGCACUCCAAGCAGUACCGCUGCCUCUCCUUCCAGCCUGAGUGCAGCAUGAAGCUCACACCCCUUGUGCUGGAGGUGUUUGGCAAUGAGAUUUCCUGACUAGGGCAGCCUGCAGUGGCUCUUGGGUGGGGCUGUUCCUCUGGGGCCUUGUGCCCUGGCCUGGAGCUGGCUGCUGCCACACCAACCCUCCCUCACCCCCUGGAAUUCAGCCCUUCCUCUCCCACCUCCCCUCCCCACCCAACCCCUGUCUCCUGCCCAACCUAACACCAGGCUUCCUUUCCUGCAGGCCACACAGGCUCCCCACCCGCCCCACAUCCCUUGAGACCUCAGUCAUGAGGAAUUGUUGUUUAUUUGACACAGAAACUCAAGUGGGGGCAGAGGGCAGACGUUGAAGGUGGGGCCUUACCCAGGGAUGACCCUACCAUUCCAAAAGUGGCUGCUGGCUGAUGCUGAGGGAACAGUCAGACAGGAGAAAUGCAUCCAUUCCUCAGGGACAGAGAUACCUGUACCUCUCCCCACUCCAGGCCCAUCCGUCCAUAGCCUUGUGGGGAUCUCCUUCCCCUGCCCCACCCACCAUACAUCACUAGGCAAAAACCCCACCCCUCACCUCCAUCCUACUCUGCAGCCAGGCUGUGCUGUUCUCUCCCAGGGCAGCGUGCCAUGAUGGGGUCUUCUCCCUUUGCCUUCCUGCACCUGGCCUGCCUAGGACACUCACUGCCAAGGAUGACCAAAACCAAGGUGACAAAGGUCACAACUCCCUCCUCACCCACCUCUGCUGGCCAAGGGGCACUCGCCUAACACUUCAGUGCCCAUCUUCAUCCCACUGCUAUGGUAACAUUCUUCCCAGAAGUAGCUAUGGUAAGGUGGGCUUUCUCCCCAGGCAGGGGCCAGCCACUAAGGCCACAGCUCACCCACUGAGAGGCCCACAGAGGAUGAGAGCAGGGCCCAGGAAGUGGGAGACAGGCAAACCCAGCCCCACAGCAGAAUGGUAGAUGAUGGCCACAGCUGUCCCUGUCUCCAAGCCCAUGGCUCCUUGACCUGCAUCUAAGAGGUUGGUGGAGGCGAGAGCUCUCCUCCCAACCAUCUACAUGGCAAGACAGAAUUGCCCCCGCGUUGCAGAGAAAUGCCAAGCAGCAUCCUCAUCCUCACCCUGCCAGUACCUUAGUUCCCACCCAGGAGAGAGAGAACCAUGGCCACGGGUGCCAGAGAGACCUCAUCCUAGGAUGGUCAAGGGUGAUCUUGAGAUGGGCAUACUCUUGGCUUAUCAGCGGGGCCACCUCUUUUCCACCUGGCAAGGUGGAAUGGAAGAGAAGAACCCAGACCCCAGCAGCCCAGGCCAUGCUCUCCCCUCCCGUGUAGGUGUAUUGCAAGUGUGCUGGUCCCCAGAGACCCAGGAGCUAGUGCUCCAACACCUCACUGUGGGUAGAGGGAGUGCGCGCUGGCCUCUGAUGGCUGGGCAGAGGGAGCCUCUUAGGGGUGGAGUCAUGUGGGUCUGGUUCCCUUCUUCUCACUCCACCACCCCAAAUUCAAAAGUGGUAAGAGGGUCAAAUUCCAUUUUCCCUUCCAGGGCUGGCCCAGCCCAGGAGGUGGGAAGUCUUACUCUGUUUACUCUGGGGCGGGGUCCCUGGGUGAGUGAGUUGUAAGCGUGUGGGGUCACCACAGAGGGGCUUCCUCCAGGAGCCAGAGGGGGGUCCCUCGGAUGGUUGCUUGAGUUUGGAGAACACAACUGCAUUCCCUGUCUCAGUGGGGAGGAGUUCCUGGAUGCUGCCUCCACCCUCUGUUGUUCUCUGAAAGCCCUAGAAGCAAUCACACUUCCACUGUGAGCACAGUCCAUGUCCACCAGGCCCGGUGUUUCUUCUGGUGGAGAAGCAUCCUGCAGCCAUGUUUCUUACUGCACAAUACCUUCUAUAUGGCUGAGGCUGACAUUUAUUAGAUAUGAGUUGUUUUCAGAAUCAGACCCCAUUUUGUACUACAUUCUAAUGUAGCAGGUAGUAGGCACCACUGAUUAGGAAAUAUUUAUGGGGGAAAAACUUACAUUGUAAAAAAAAAAUCUGUACAUCAAUUAUUAUUGUCCUGCUGUUGUUUCCCAAAUUAGGGAGAGACCCUUGUUGGAUUUUAGCUGCAGCAGACAUUGGUCUAGCCCACUGGUCAGUGGGGGAAAAAGGCUUAAAAAUCGCUACACUAGUUCAACUCCCUAUAGAAACCAACACUUGGAGAAGGGUGUGGUCCCCUAAGCUCAGACAGCUGGUUAGAAGGAGCUCCAGGGCUGGGCCUGGUCUGUGGACUCCCUGCCCAGUGCUCUAUUCACUACACCAGGCUUGAGCUCAGACCCCACAUCCCCCUCCCCUGAAGUCUGACCUAGUCCCCUAGGGGACGGUCUGGAUUUUAGACAGCAAGUCUAGACCCUGAACCCCUGCCCUCCUUCCCUGCUGACCCAUCAGGAGGAUGAGGAGGGACACCUCAGCCUGUGUCUCAAUGUGAAUCAGGACCAACCCUCUCUCCCCCCAACCCUCCGAAUGUGGCCCUGGCUGGACAGGGUCUCUGCCUCAGCUCUGUAUAAUGCUGUUGCCUUAUCAAUAAAGUGCAUUUGUCUUUGUAAUGUU